AUGUCAAACAUCAACAUAAGCUUUCAAUGUGCUUUAAGGGGCAAAUUCUCAAUUAAGGAGCAUGCUCGUUUUGUGCCGCUACCUCAACUGAAUUUACAGUUUCUCACAGAAAUUCUUGUUCGUGAUCGGAAGAUUAUGACACUCAACGCAGGCUGCUCUGUUCUGCCUCAUCGCCAAGAGCCUCGGUUUGUUCAGGAACUCCGAGACUUGGGCUAUCGUGUUGAUCUUAGAGAGAGAAAACGAGAAAAUCAUGAUUUCAAAGCUGGAGAGGCGUCUUCAUCGGAAGAAUUCGUCUUUUCUCGUAACGGCGGCCGUUAUGUAGAGGAGUUGGUGGACGAGACACUGCAAACCCGUAUCGCAGAAUCAGUCAUGGAGUUUUUCAAGGAUCAGGGCACACUUGUGAUAGCAACAGGUGAUGCACGGCCAGCAAAGUAUUCAGACGGAUUCUUUGCCUAUGCUGAAAGAGCCCUGAGAAUGGGAUGGAAUGUGGAGGUGGUGUCGUGGAGGGCCAGCCUAUCGUCCCAUUGGAACAGACCAAACUGGGUUGAACAAUGGAGCGGACGAUUCCGAGUUAUUGAGUUGGAUGAUUAUAUCGACCAUCUCUUAGUAUGA